GGCGCUACGGCUGCCCCCAAGUAAAACCCCCCACUCUCUCACUCCCUCAUCAUCCCCACAGGCUCCCCUGGUAAAAGCCUUCCCUUUCUGCGUUUCUCCGCUUCUCUUCAACAAGCAGAAGGAAGUCAUGGCAGCUGUUCCGCCGUCGUCACUACCGCACUCAGCAGUGGCCCUCAUUGUCCUAACACUAGCAUUCGCUGCGUUGGUUUGUGAAUCUAAGCUGAGUGUGGACUACUACGCUAAAUCUUGCCCCAGAUUCAACGACAUCAUGCAACAGACCAUCACCAACAAGCAGAUCACAAGCUCCACCACCGCUGCUGGUACCCUCCGCCUUUUCUUCCAUGACUGCUUCCUUGACGGCUGCGACGGCUCUGUCCUUCUCUCCUCCACUCCCUUCAACUCCGCCGAGCGAGAUGCUGAGAUCAACCUCUCCCUCCCUGGUGACGCCUUCGACGUUAUCGUCCGAGCGAAGACCGCUCUUGAGCUUGAAUGUCCCAACACCGUCUCCUGCGCCGACAUCCUCGCGGUUGCUACCCGGGACCUUCUAAUUAUGCUCGGGGGACCUCAUUAUACCGUCUACCUAGGCCGCAAAGACAGCCGGAUUUCAAAAUCUUCCCUCGCCGAGAGCGAUCUUCCUCGACCCACCUUGCCGAUGUCCCGAAUAAUCGACAUGUUCGCUAAGCGAGGCUUCACCAUUCAAGAAAUGGUGGCUCUGAGCGGCGCCCACACCGUGGGUUUGUCCCACUGCAAAGAGUUUAGCUUCAACCUUAAAAACGAUACCCAAUACAACCCGAGAUUCGCACAGGCAUUGCAGCAAGCCUGCGCCGGUUACCCCCAAAACCCAACAUUGUCCGUCUUCAACGACAUCAUGACUCCGAGCAAGUUCGAUAAUUUAUACUUCCAGAAUCUUCCUAAGGGGUUAGGCGUCUUGGAGUCUGAUCACGGCCUGUACAGUGAUCCCAGGACGAUUCCAUUCGUGGAAUUGUAUGCAAAAGAUCAGAAUAAGUUUUUCCAGGACUUUGCCAUAGCUAUGCAGAAGCUUAGUUUCUAUGGCAUCAAGACUGGGAGGGGAGGAGAGAUUAGGCGCAGGUGUGAUGCUGUUAAUUGAGCUCUCAUUGUUAAAUUUAUGGCGAUUUCAUUCUAUUCUUUCUGGAUUUUGGAAAUCUUGAUAGUAUGUAUACCUGCUUUGUCUGUACCAACUCUUGAUUUUAUCAAGCUCAAUUAUACAUGUAGUCAUUUAUCCUGUGUUCUGGGUUUCUAUCUUUUUGUUCUUCAUUGCAUAUGAAGCUUGAUUUUUUUUUUUUGGUGAUUUUGCAUACUGAAAUUACGGGUUUUUCAUGGGUGAAUGUGUUUGUGGAGACACAAGAUGAUGAUUUUGAAUUGUAUUGCAUUAAACAAUGCUGAAAGCAAGCAGAAAGAUGCUCUUUUUUAUAUUUGGAAUUGAUUAUGAUGGUUUUGUUUAAGCCUUUUGAGUAACUAUUUGUCUCAUGUUUGUGUCUUUCUCAAGGAAUAGUUUAGUUUAGUCCUCUCGUCUUUGAAAUGGUAAUAGAUUAGCAUAAUUUUA